AUGAGACCUCUCUUCAUUCUCUUGGUGGCGGAUGACAAGACUAUCAACGUUGGCACAAGUCCUCUUUUCAUUUUAUUGGUGGUGGGACCGAUCCUGAUGACAAGAUUACCAACGUUGGCCCAAGUCCUCUCUUCAUUUUAUUGGUGGCGGAUGACAAGAUUAUCAACGUUGGCACAAGUCCUCUCUAUUGCUAUGAGACCUCUCUUCAUUCUAUUGGUGGCGGUUGACAAAGACAAUCAACGUUGGCACAAGUCCUCUCUUCAUUUUAUUGGUGGUGGAGCCGAUGUGGAUGACAAGACAAUCAACGUUGGCACAAGUCCUCUCUUCUUUUUAUCGGUGGUGGAACCGAUGUGGAUGACAAGACUAUCAAUUUGGCAUGGGCACUUCCUUUUGAGCCUAUUCAUGAAUCAAUCCAUUCUUGGGUGCAAUUCGCAUGAGCACAAUUUGGCGGCAAUUGGUCUUACCAAGGAAUAUCACGCAAAGCAAUCACACGAAUGCAAUGAGAGGCACAACUUUGGAAGAGGCAUUGUCAUUGGAGGGGCUCUAUACUGGAAACAAUCAUCACAAGCAUCGAGCAAUUAUCACAGCUAUCAAGCUACAUCUGAUAUGGGCCGCCACCACCAUGUCAAGAACACAAUCCUAUCAUACAACAAAACCAAAAGCAAAAUGCAGUAUCACAAAAAAAGCACGUCAGCAAAAAUAUAUCAAAAAAAGGCAGCAGCCACAUCAUACGAACAACAACAACGGUACUCGAUCUUCCUGCGACAAAGCAAGUUCAAUCAUACAAAGAAAGGCUCUCUCAAUGGAGCAGACCACAAUAUCAUUGUCAUGUAA